AGACGCGCAGGCAGCUAUCGCGCGCGCGAGAGAGCAAGGAGCCCGGCGACCGGCGACGAUGUGGAGCUCCGACUCCGACCGCGACGACUCCGCAUCGACCACGACCACGGCGGCUUCCUCGGUAUCCCCCUCCUCCUCCCUGCUGCAGCCGCAGACGCCGCCGCCCCCUCGCCGCCGACGCAGCCGCAACCUCCGCCGACGCAGCCGCCGGAGCAAGAACGGCCCGGAGGGGGCGGAUUCGGAGGAUGAGGCCCCGGCGGACGCGGAGGGGGCGUGGUGCGGCGCGCAGUGGGAGGCGGCGUGGCCGCGGAGGGCGGCGCGGCCGGUGGUGCUCGCCGGGGAGGACGCGUCCCCGGACGGCACCGCGGCAGGCGCCGGAGAUCUCGGCGUGGGGCGGGCCAGGAGCCUCACGGACGACGACCUGGAGGAGCUCAAGGGGUGCGUGGAUCUGGGGUUCGGCUUCAGCUACAACGAGAUCCCCGAGCUCUGCGGCACGCUGCCCGCGCUCGAGCUAUGCUACUCCAUGAGCCAGCGGUUCUUGGACGAGCACCACUCGCCGUCCAAGGCCGACCAGGUGGCUCCCGAGCCUCCGGCGGCCGUGCCUGCCUCGCCGGUGCAGUCCAUCCCCAACUGGAAGAUCUCCUGCCCUGGGGACAGCCCAGAUGAGGUGAAGGCGAGGCUCAAGUACUGGGCGCAGGCGGUGGCGUGCACCGUCAAGCUCUGCAGCUAAUCAAUACCAUCGCCAAUCUUGCAAACGCAGGAAGACGAAGCCAACUCAUUCU